GGAGGAAAUGAUACUGCUCGAUCAAAACAGACGAGAGCAUCACAAGCGUGCUGUGCUUGCCGGAAACGCAAAAUCAAAUGCGAUCUGAUCUUGUUCGGUGCUCCAUGCCACAACUGCAGAAUUGAUGGUGUUAGUUGUGAGACAACGGAAUGUCGACGAAGCAGAAGAUACCGACUACGGAAAGGCCGCCGCGAUGCGGGUGUCCCUGACCUUGAACUGGCUGACUUUCGCCAAGAUCCAAGUACUCCCACGUUGAGAACACAAAAUGGUGCUUUGCUUUCCUGUUUUCCUGUUCGAGCGCAUACAAACCUGAGUCAGCCGACUUCUGGAAAUGUCGUCGGUGACACAGCGACCGGGGUACCGUGUCGACCGCUAUCGUCAGACUCAGUUUCACCUACGGCUGCUGCAUCUACUCAGGCCUUGCUUGAUGAGACUCCUAGCCACGCGGAAGGUAUCAAUUAUGGACGACAGGGCGGCAUUCUCCAUGAGAUAGCACAACCAAGCCCGUCCACCUUCGCGGAAGUAGCAAAUCUUCCUUUAUAUAUCCUUCCUCCACGACGGAAGGUUAAUGACGACGACUUGCAGUUUCUGGCGCAUAGAGGUGCUCUGUCUAUUCCCGAAGAUGAGCUUCGUGAUCAGCUUCUCCGUGCCUUCAUCCUGUAUAGCCACCCUUUCCUGCCGGUCAUCUGUCUGGAUGAUUUACUCCAAGCUUUGGAAGGCGAUGGUCAAUGUCAAAUCAGCCUCAUGUUGUUCCAUGCUGUUAUGUUCGCGGGAUCCGCAUUCGUGGAUGAGUUUUAUGUGCAUCGAGCUGGGUUUGACGAUCGUCGAAGUGCAAGGGCAUUCUUCUAUCAAAAAAUCAAGGAAAGUUAUCGCCCUAGCAUCCUUCUUUACGAUUUCGAUUGGGAGGUUGAUCGAAUCACCCUUAUUCAGACUAUGUUACUUCAUACGUACUGGUACGUUGCGGAAAGCGACCAAAAAGACCCAUGGCACUGGGCAGGCGUGUGCAUUUCUUUAGGCAUAACUCUGGGCUUGAGUGAGAGGAUCACAUACCUGAACGAAGAUUUCAAGACCAGGAAGCUUUGGCGGCGGCUGUUUUGGUGCUGCUAUCUUCGAGACCGGAUUUUGUCAACUUCUGCGCGAAGACCUCAGCGUUAUAGGGAUAUAGAUAUCCACAUUCCCAUGCUGAUACUGGAUGAUUUCGAUCUUCACGCACCGACCACUGCCAUUCCUGCGGUAAAGGACGCCCUCUCCGCGAUGACCUACGACUGCAAAGUCGCUUUAGCGCAAAUUUGUAUCGCCCAAAUCCAACUUGCCUCAAUCAACGGUAGGGUUGUGGAGAGUCUUUAUGUCCUCCAGGUAUUCGGCGGCUCGACUAGUGGUCCGAAGACACUGUACAGCCCGAAAAUUGCAGGUUUCGAUUCAAAAGGAGUCGACAGCCUUGAGAGUGAGCUUGAAAGGUGGCGAACUCAACUGCAUCAACUAUACCAAAUGCCGCAAUCAGGAAAACCAGAUACACCAACUACAGCGCUUAUCUAUCUCCAUCAAUCUUAUCUCAAGAUGCUACACCUAUUGGUUACCGAAGCGCUCCAUAGACCGCUGAGCCUAUCUCGAGGUGAAGCAACAAUCUCGAGAACCCUUCUCCAGCAAAAGUCCCGACCUAUUGUAAGGAAAUGCGCGAUCGGUACUGCUGAACUUGUUCAAGGUUUACGGGAAAGGGAUCUUUUCCGUUUCCUACCUCCGGUAGCCAACACUUGCCUUGGAGCGGCGGUUGCUUACUUUCUGGUCGAGAUGAAAACCGCGGACAAGUCAUGCACAAAUCCUGCAGCACCCUCAGAACAGCAUCUACAGCAGUGUAUUAGAGGACUCUGGAGUCUAAGGGAGGUUUGGCAGAUAGCGGACUCUACAUGUCGUAUCGUUGGACACAUGAUA